AUGCGCAGCAGCAGUCUGAGGCUCUCCGCAGACUUAACUCACAGCGGCUCCUUCAGCCCGAGCCUGAGGCUUCCUCUCAUCCUCACGCCGCUCCCAACACGUCCUCCCCAACACGUCCUCCCAAAGCCGCUCCACCUCAUCCUCAGCAUCCUCACUCUCCUCCUGAUCUUCCUGCUUUCCCCUCUCCAUCGCCCGACCCUGACCUGCCUCCUCACCCAAACCACCACCACCCUUAUUAUCACUAUCACAUACUAUCUGAUGGGUUUACUGGGUGCUGACAAUCCCUCGUCUCCAACUUUCUUUGGAGCUUCAAGCAUCUCCCUCACCAACAGCAUCCAAACAUCAAACCACUUCUCCACCCCCAAAAUCAAUGCACGAGAUUCACAACGGCCCCAUCACCUCCAGGCCGCUCCGUACACUCCCUCUGCUGCCGCGCCCUGCAGCCUUGGCCCCGUGUCAGACUCCGACUGCAGCGUCUCUCUGGGCUGCUGCUCGUUCCCUGUGAACGCCCACAGUGGCCCUCCCGCUCGUCCCUCUGAGGACAGUAAUGUGUCCUGCACGCUGCAGAAGCUGACCUCUGACCCCGACAUCUACGCUGUCCCUCUGGACGGCUGCGGAGUAAACAAACAUGUGUUUGGUCAGACUGUGGUUCAUCUGUUGGAAGUUGCCGGCGUCCGCUCGCCUCGACAAGACCACAGCUCUCUGCAGGAGGGCUCCCCGGUCAGGUUGAUGGUGGAGUGCAGUUCCUCUCCGGGUUCUCCAGGUGAAGUGAGGCUCCACGUGAUGGAUCGGCCUCCGCCUCAGUCUCCACCAGCCACCGUCACCGUGCAGCUGAGAGUCGCCACAGAUGAGUCCUUCACCAGCUUCCACCCCGAGGCUCACCUGCCUCUCAGCCUCCUGCGAGGGAAGCCAGUUUUCGUGGAGCUGAGCCUGCUGGAUCCCCCUGAGCCCAGACUGGUGCUGCUGGUUCACUCCUGCCUGGCUUACGCUGCAGCUCCGUACACCAGCUGGAUGCUGGUUUAUGACGGCUGUCCCAGCCGGAGUGAUUCACAGCUGCUUCCCUCUCCACUCUCCGACCCCCACCACAUCCGGAGGAUCGUAAUCUCUGGCUUCCUGUCUCUGCCCUCAGAAAGUCCAUCCUACAUGGCUGAAGGAGGACAGUCUCACCUGGAGGACCCAGAGAUCUACUUCCUGUGUUUGACAGAAGUGUGCUCUGCUGCAGAUGGCGACUGCACGGUCGGCUGCAUCAACAGUCCAAACAGUGACGUGUGAGCAAUGAAAUAAACACGUUUACACCAC